CGUACGUGUUCGCGAUCGACCUCCGAGUACGAUUUAAUUCUGUGUUUAUUGCAGGCAUCUGGCUUACACCUCUAUCGUGUUUUUCUGACACAAUACAGCGCUCGUCCUGCCAUCAUUGAAUACGACGCGCAGCGUGUAUUUACCCUGGUUCGAAGGAGCCUUGCUGUCUGGCGAUUGGAUAGCGCCUAUCAAUCUGCCUUGAUUACGAUCCUCAUCCAUCGCACGCGCUAUCAUGGAUGAGACACAGAACAUUUCUGGCCAAGCUGGCGAUGAAAACCAGGCCGGAGUGGCUGCUCAAGAUGUCGGUGACAUUAGCCAGGCGUCAGCAUCGCAACCUCCCCAAGAUUCGCCCAUUAAGAACACUGAGGACGCCUCAGACAACCCACUAGAUGCCCCUGCAUCCCCAAGACCCCAAGACCACGAUGCAGAGCCCGAAGACGAAGAAAUGGGUGGCACCGAAACCGAGACGAAGAAGGAGAAUGGCGCUGAGGAAGGUCUUGAGGGUGCUCAAGGCACGGAAGGCGCUGGCGAUGAACAAUCAGUUCAAGGAAAAGCGGCGCUGGAAGCUUCGGCACGUAGUCACCUCGUUUCCCAGACACAUUCUAUCAUCCUUCCAAGUUAUUCCAGCUGGUUUGAUAUGCACCAAAUCCACCCCAUUGAGAAGAAAGCUAUGGGCGAGUUUUUUAACGGCCGCAACCGAAGCAAAACCCCGGCUGUUUAUAAGGACUACAGAGAUUUCAUGAUUAACACCUACCGCUUGAAUCCCAUAGAAUACCUGACUGUCACUGCAUGCCGCCGGAACCUUGCUGGAGAUGUUUGCGCUAUUAUGCGCGUUCACUCUUUCCUUGAACAAUGGGGAUUGAUUAACUACCAAGUUGACCCGCAAACGCGCCCAUCCAACAUUGGACCUCCAUUCACCGGUCAUUUCCGCGUUGUCGCAGACACUCCACGAGGUCUCCAUUCCUUCCAGCCUGGGCCUAAUCAUAUCGUGACUUCAGGCAAGCCGUUGGCUGCUACCGAACGUGCUGCCUCAGGAACACCAGCCAAGACCGAUCUGAAUCUGGAGAUCCGACGCAACAUCUAUGAUGACAAAGGCAAAGACAUCACACCUGCCGAGGACAAGGACAAGCAGACUAACGGGGAUACACCUGCUCCCAAUGGCACAUCUUCUGAAGCCGCUACAAAAGCAAUGGAAAGUGCCAUUCGUGAACCUCGCAAAACGUUCAAUUGCUGGUCGUGCGGUAUUGACUGCACCCGCCUACGUUUUCACUAUGCAAAAUCCACCCCUGUAUCCUCGAACACCAAUGUGCCCGAUGGCAAGUACGACGUCUGUCCCAACUGCUUUUUGCAAGGCAGGCUUCCGUCUAGUCACAACGCCGCAGACUUUGUUAGGUUAGAAGAGAAAGAGUAUACAAAUAUCCCCGAUAAGGAUGCGCCAUGGUCUGACGCGGAACUUAUCUUACUCCUCGAAGGAAUCGAGAAUUUUGAUGACGAUUGGCAGCAGAUUGCCGAUCAUGUUGGAACUAGGACAAGAGAAGAAUGUGUGAUGAAGUUCCUUCAUUUAGAAAUCGAGGACAAGUACAUCGAGGAUAUCGAUGGACCAUAUGGUGACACCGCGCGUGCAUUGCAAGGACGGGAGCCCGUCAGCCAACUAGAUAACCCAGUUCUGUCAGUCGUGGCUUUCCUCGCUCAAAUGGCUGAUCCAUCGGUGGCCGCAGCUGCAGCAGGCCGGUCUGUUGAGCAGAUUCGCAAGGAACUUAAAAGUCAACUGACCAAGGAGGCUCCAGCUGACAAGGGCAAGGAAAAGGGAGCCGAGGAGCUCAAGGCAGAAGACUCUAUGGAUGUUGAUGUUGUUCGUGAGGGAGAAUCAACUAGCGAGAAGCGUGAGUCCCUCGCAACAGUUGCGCUCGCUACCUCCGCUGCUCGUGCUGGGGCACUUGCUUCACACGAGGAGCGUGAGAUGACGCGUCUCGUAUCUGCUGCAGUCAACGUCACCCUUCAGAAACUGGAGAUUAAGUUGGAACAAUUCAAUGAACUGGAGUCAAUCGUCGAAGCAGAAAGGCGAGAUCUUGACGCAGCUCGUCAGCAACUUUUCCUUGACCGGAUGGCUUUCAAGACGAGGGUCAAAGAGGUUCAAGAUGCGCUACAAGCCGCAAGUUUACAGGCCCCAGGCGAGGCAGCUAAUCUAGCAAUCAGUGGCGCUGCUAUUGCCGGAAUUGGCACCCAUUAUCAAUUUAACCAACCCCAGCCUGAUUUAAGAAAUGGCGUUCAGCCUUUGAGCGCUCAUCCUGGGGCGGAUUUCAAGAAUUUCGAACUUUAAAGACUUGUCGAAACUCCAUUACUUUAUGCUUCUCUCUGGAAAUGAGAACCCAAGUGGCCGAUUUUGUUUCUUAUUUUAACUCGUUUUACUUUCCUGCCUUUUUCAUGUGCUGUACAAAUAUGCCGGGUGAGAUUGGAAAGGGUGUGCAAAAGCCGGGAGAGAAGUUGCAUGAACUUGUUCCUCAUAGAAUAAGAGGAUCUACCGGUGUGUUUUGUUAAGGAAAGGCGCAAUUCGGAGGAGUUUCUACUUUGUUACGUUUCGUGCCUUGCACUGAGUCGUAUGUGUAUUGAUUAGUUUUUAAGUAAUUUACAUGCUUCUUUUUGAAAAGAAUAUCACA